AUGCUAAGUAAAAUUGUUACAAUUUCGCUGCUGUUCUUACCGGCAAUUGUCGCCCUGGGAACUCAGGUGGUCAGCUACGACAAUAGGCGAAUGUUGGAUCUGAUCGAGAAUCUCAAUGGCAGCGUCUCCGAGCAGAUGUCUCUGGUGGCAGCCACUUGGGGAAAACUGAAAGUCGACUAUCCGAGGGAUGUGGGCAAAAUCGAAGCCUUGCAGGAGACACUACAACAUGUGAUUUGUAAGCCGGCGAGGAAUGUGACUUUGCAACACAACCUGCAGGCUCAUCUCAUCAGGGAAAAUAUACGGGAACAUUUGGAGGUUUUAAAUACCACGGCACUAUUCCAGGCCUUGGAGGCCGAGGAACAUGACCAAGGCAAAUGGCAGAUGGCGAUUGGGAGGCAUUCGCAGAGACUGCAUUGCCUUUACAAGCCAGUACAACUGGAAAGGAUCCUGCAGAAGGUCCUGCGUAAGAUCUAUAAUUUACAGAGCGUCAGCAAUUGGCUGCCCUGUUUUUCCAGCUAUAUAUUCGGGUAAUCGGGAGUCGUAUUGACAAUGAUACACGCCGAAUUAAUGCUCUAUGAACGCUACAAAAUCAUUGGCAAACAGAGUGUGGAGUUUAACGGCUAUAUGGCCAAGCUUUGGCAGAGUUUCCAGUUAGAUGACUUUUAUUCCGGGCUGGAUCAAGACACCAAUCAACGCCUCGUGAAUGCCAUAAUUGAGCUGCUAAAAUACCUUUAAUUCAAUAGAAAUUAUAAGCCUUAAUCAGUUGUGUAAUCUUUAUUCGGUGCAUCUGUUCGAGUGCCUUUAAGUACCUUGAUUUGAGUUUGUCCAGCAACUGUAUUCAUUUUACAUAUAGGUGAAUGUGUGUGUUCUUUACAUAAAAAUAUUAUGUUGUACAUAUA